CAGGAGGGCCAGCCUUGCUGCUCGUCCCGAGCGCUGCCCGGGAGGCUGGCAAAGACGGAUCCGAGGCGGCCCGCGCAGCCCUCCGCUGGCCGGGCUGGCCCUUGGCUUGGGCCGUGGCGGCUCCCGGGGAGACCUGGGGCUCUCGGGCUGACCAACCCUGGGUGGGGAAUUGGUGCGGGGAACCGGGGGAGGCCCAGUGGGCUGGCACAUCUUCUCUCCCCCCUCACCCCCCGGGCUUCCCGGGCUCCACCCACCGCAGCCCCACGGGGCUGAAGGAUGGUCGCUCCAGAGGGGGUUAGCUCCCGCACCCCGGGGGGCUCCAGGAGAAAGUCUGGGUUCUGGCAAAUAACACGUUCAUUUUAAAUAGGCCAAACAGUGCAAAUUCUUUAACAAAUGUCUUGCACUAGGAGGGCUCCCGGUCACAAAGGCUGGCGAGCUGGUGCUUGUUUAAAGGUGGGCAGAAACUCAGGCCUCGAACUUCCCCUCCUUGCUGCCCAAAGCAGCGUGGGAUUCAGGCCUGGCCUGGCCGCUUUGGAAGUCAGGGGAGACCCAUGAGCGGAGUGGGGCCGGUGGGGGGCAGCCAGUGCAAAGGAAGAGACGGCCAGCUGAGAGGCGGCAGUUGCCUUGCCCGCCCAGGGGCUUUGCUGGUUCUAAGCAGAGCUUCCGCAUCGCUGUCACUGCGGAGGAGCGUGCAGAACCUUCACACCCGAGUCUUUCCCCAGGCCUCCCUUUUGUGCAUCCCACAGAUGUUUCCGUAUCCGCCCUUCUACCUUGCCAGAAGGUCGCCAGGCCACCUCUGGCCCCCCUGGCAGGCAACAGCCCCUCUCUGUGCCCCGUGGUGGCAGCAACAUGAGUGAGGUGUCGGUGAUUAAGGAGGGAUGGCUGCACAAGCGAGGGGAAUACAUCAAAACUUGGAGGCCCCGAUACUUCCUCCUCAAAAGCGACGGCUCUUUCAUCGGCUACAAGGAGAAGCCAGAAGCUGCUGACCACAGUGCACCCCCUUUGAACAACUUCUCUGUGGCAGAAUGCCAGCUGAUGAAAGCCGAGCGACCGCGCCCCAACACAUUCAUCAUCCGCUGCCUGCAGUGGACGACGGUCAUUGAGCGGACGUUCCACGUGGACUCUCCAGAGGAAAGGGAAGAAUGGAUCCAGGCCAUUCAGAUGGUGGCCAACAGCUUAAAGAACCAGGAGGCGGAAGAGGACAGGAUGGACUACAAGUGUGGCUCCCCCAGCGACAGUCCAGGGGCCGAGGAAAUGGAAGUGGCGGUGACCAAGGCCAGAACCAAGGCGACCAUGAGUGACUUCGACUACCUGAAACUCCUGGGAAAGGGCACUUUUGGGAAGGUCAUCCUCGUACGGGAAAAGGCCACAGGGCGCUACUACGCCAUGAAGAUUCUGCGCAAAAAGGUCAUCAUUGCCAAGGAUGAAGUGGCCCACACCGUCACGGAGAGCCGAGUGCUGCAGAACACGAGGCACCCCUUUCUCACGGCCCUGAAAUAUGCGUUCCAGACCAAUGACCGCCUCUGCUUCGUCAUGGAAUACGCCAACGGAGGGGAGCUGUUCUUCCACCUCUCGCGAGAACGCGUCUUCACGGAGGAGCGUGCCCGUUUCUACGGGGCUGAGAUUGUUUCUGCCCUGGAGUAUCUCCACUCGCGGGACGUCGUCUACCGAGACAUCAAGUUGGAGAACCUCAUGCUGGAUAAAGACGGACACAUCAAAAUCACAGACUUUGGGCUGUGCAAGGAAGGCAUCUCCGAUGGUGCUACCAUGAAGACCUUCUGUGGGACACCGGAGUACCUGGCCCCAGAGGUGCUGGAGGACAACGAUUACGGGCGGGCCGUGGACUGGUGGGGCCUGGGUGUAGUCAUGUACGAGAUGAUGUGCGGCCGGCUGCCCUUCUACAGCCAGGACCAUGAGCGCCUCUUUGAGCUGAUCCUCCUGGAGGAGAUCCGCUUCCCACGCACCCUCAGCCCUGAAGCCAAGGCCCUGCUGGCCGGCCUGCUCAAGAAAGACCCCAAGCAGAGACUGGGGGGCGGCCCCAAUGAUGCUAAGGAGGUAAUGGAGCAUCGGUUCUUUGCUGCUGUUAACUGGCAAGAUGUGGUUCAGAAGAAGCUCAUGCCCCCUUUCAAGCCCCAAGUGACGUCCGAAAUAGAUACGCGGUACUUUGAUGACGAGUUCACAGCCCAGUCCAUCACCAUUACGCCACCAGACCGAUACGACUGCGUGGAUCCCCUGGAUGCCGACCAGCGGACCCACUUCCCUCAGUUCUCCUACUCCGCCAGCAUUCGGGAGUAGGGCUGCAGCGCCACCCGGAGAGUGCCAGGACUUGGGGUGGGGGGAGACCACCCCAUCUGGCUGAUCCCACCUUCCCACUUCUGGGAGCCAAGCGGACGAGCCUGGACCUGCCACGUCGGCCUUUGCCAUCAGGACCAGCUGGCUCACUUGUGCCCAUGUGACCCUGCCCCCCCACACACACACACGCACACACACCAGCCUCUCUCCCUUGCCUCUGGGACACUGCUGAGUUUUACAUGGAAAUUGCUUUGGCGUGUUUGGUUGGCUUCUGAGGGCUGCACUCUGCCACCAAAUCGUGUCGGUGGAAGGCAGGGUGACCGAUCGCUGCCUCUGGGGCCACCCUGAACCCCAGAGUGUGGAGGACCCUAACACUGGCUUGCAAGGCUGUGCUAAGAAGGGCAGAGCCCCGAAAUCCCACCACCCCGUUUCUGUGGGAUAGUGGCCGGCUGGCCGGCCAGCACUCAGGUGCUCUUGGGGUCAGUAACCUGGCAACUGUUACCUUGUUGACCUUUGGUGGGCUUCCCCAUCACCUCCAGGGGCGCUGCUGCUGUUAACAGGAACUUUUGAGUUGCCCUCCAAAUAACGGGGAACUGGCCCCCACUUAGAACAGUGGCCUUUUCUAACGAAAACCAGGGUGCUGGGCAUGGCAGCUGCACCCUCUUGCCCCCGGACAGUCCGCAGCUGCUCUUUGCAAGGCCCAGCAGUGGCCCUCGCUGGAGCGAUUGGGCCCAGCUGCCCCUGCCAAUUAGUUCCUAUGAAGGGGGAUGCCCUUGUGGAGCGGAGUGGGGUGGGGGGCUGGCAGUGUUUCCCUCCCAAUUUUCAGCUGUGGAAGAUAGCUGCCUUCCUUUCCCAUUUCUGGCCUUGGAGGGAUGGCAGCCCCCUGGCAGGCCUCCUCCCUUCUUCCCACGGCUGCAGGGCCCUGCCAUGGGAGGAAGGGAGGUUUGCUAGCCGGCUGCCUUUCAUCUUGUCCCCUAUGUGGCUUGACCAGGGAAGGAGCAGGCCAGGCCAAGCAGAUUGGAGCAGCUCGGACUCUGCCACCGCUCAGCUGAGUUGCUGCAAAGGGCCCAGAAGCCACCCAGGCAGAACACCCCCCCCCUUGCUAAAGAGGAGGUUGUGGUCCUCUGGAAAGCAUGGCUGGAAGGCGGAUGGACCUUCCUGCAGCUGUCUAACAAUCCGCAGCCCCCCACCCACCCCCAGUGCAAAGAGUGGGAGGCCUUCAGGGAAAGAGGCUGCUCCAGCUGUGUAGCUGGCAGGCCAGAGCAGUCCCUCCUGCCCACCUAUGUCGCCUUUCGGGCAGGUACCGGAGGAUGCCACCUGGUGGGCCAGAGGAUAGCAAACCCCUGAGCUCACCUUUGCUCUGACUCUCCUAUUGACCUUAGCAGACCUGGGGUUCCUGUGCCUCCUGGGUUUUGGGGACCUGCCUGUGCCAGGGACUUCUGCCAAUUCCACAAUUGCUUUGGGCUCCACUGCGAGUCUUUCUACAAAACUGGGAGGCAGGGGGGGGGGCACGGCAUGAACCUGGCUGCAAACAUCCAUGGCAGCCCUGUCUGGCUUUCCGUGUCUCAACUCCUACAGGCAGCCAGUGGCAGUUGCACGAUUCCAUUAUGCGGAGCCUUCAAGCAGGCCCUUCUGAUCUGAUGUCCUGAGGGGCCCUGUGGCAAAUUGGAGGGAGAGGACAGAGGCUCCCCCAGUGAAUGCAACCUCCAAGACUCCCAGUUGGCUGCCCUCGUGCUGCCUGUUUGCCUUGCAGGGUGGCUCCCAUUGGGCACUCCUGGCCAGAGCCUUCUGAGAGCGGGGUGGGUGGGUGGGUGAGCCCUGGCUGCUCCAGACCACCACGUGGCCUUUUCAGCAUACCCGAAGUGCCGGCAGCCCCCGAGCCUCCUUGAGCCUUUUGGGUCUGCCCAGAGUUCAGCUUCCUGGGGAGGAACUCUUGUGCCCUGCUGGACUUGCAGGGCUGGGUAGGAUCUCGGUGAAGAUUGGGGUGACUGGGGAAAGAAUAGUUUUUCUUGUUUGCUGUAGUUCUAAUUCAGAUUUACUAAUUUAAUGUUGCCCCUGUUAGAUUAGAGUGAAGCGCCCGCUCUGUUGCGGUACGUUUUCUCCCCGUUCUCUUCCCUACUGCUGGAAAUCAGCAGCACUUCUGGCCCUUCACAGACAGGGCUGGCUCGAGAUCCUGAGUUCCGUUUGUACAAUAAAGUUUGCUGGAGUGUUUUUGUAAAUGUGGCUGAUAAGCACAAAAACUGGAAAGGCUUUUUUUUUCCUUUUUGGUAAACCACAGAAUUGCCUUCCUCCACCCUCAGAUUUGUACGGUACAAGCAAUAAAAGAUUUUAUUUCUUGGUUA